AUGAAUCACUCGUUGAUAGUGUGCUUAAGAACAUCACAAAAGAGAGACCCAGCAGGGUUUCAGUAUGGAUCACAACCGAGGAAAGGAAGGAGUCACCACGUUGGUGGUCUAAUCUCUCAUGGUUUUAAAACGUCACGUGCGCUGAGACGGGCCACAUCAAUAGUCAGAGACGCUGUCACAUAUGGCUCAGUUGUGCCCUCAAUGGCUCUUGUGCAUCCAAACUAUUACCUUCAAUGCAUAGCUCCCUUCCCAAUUCCACCGCUCAACAGUGCUCUCCCGCCUCCAAUACGCAGCUAUCUACCCCGCCUCCCCAAAUCAAUGGUGAACGGGAGUGUGGCAGCCAGAACCACCCAACCAACAAUGACUGUGUUCCUUGACUCUAAGGUUGCCUUUCACUCUGUGAACCGUCAGGAACUAUGCCAGUCUCUAUGGAGCAAAGAUGUCCUCCAUAAAUCCUUGACCCUCCUCAAGACGUUGUACACCAAAUCCCGCGGCCGAGUGGAGGUUUACAGGAAGCUCUCGCCUCACUUCACACACCACAUCAAAUGGUGUCAGGCAGGGCUUGAUACGACUAAGGAAGACUCACUAUCAGGCUCCAAUAACUGUGGGAUCGAAAUGCCACCGAGGCGAUCGCUCACAGAUAUCGAGUACGCCGACGACAGAACUCUUCUUGGAUCUGACGCCGUGGCAAUAUCAAAAUAUCAAACAAUCCUGAUUUACGGUGUGGCAUGCGCUUCACACAUGCAAAGUGUUAACUGCCACUGCAAAGUCGGGUGGGCUCCAACCCUAAGCUUAUGCUUGCGGAUGAGCCGGUUGUGGUAG